AACAUGUUUUGGCCACCGACAAGGAAACAACAGUAAAACUAGUGUCGGAUUUUCUUCUGAACUCGAAAAAGUCCGUUGAUAUUGAUAUAUUAAAAAAAAAAAAACAAUUCAAACAAGACAUUUUUGCCAGAAAACAAAUACUUAAAAUAUUUAAUUCAACAAACCCUACUUUUUUGUAAACGGUCUGAAAAUACUCGUGAAAAUCGGAAAUGAAACAGCAAUAAAAAAAACUGUUAAAUGAUCAAAAUAGUUAUACAGUUUACUUGUGAAGGAGCCUUAUAAAUAAGCCCAACCUUUAUAUAAUUUAAAAACAAAGUGUUAAUGAUAGAGAGAUAUCAAUUAGUUUCCGUUGAUAUCGUAUCAGUUACUGAAAAUCAAACUACUACGCGGCGCUGACCAUCGUUAAAAAACAGCGCACUUGGCCCGUUUUUUGGAUUACGCGCUCCUUCUAAGCAAGUUUGUGACUUUUAGUCAUUUCGACUAUGGCUGUUGCCCAACCAGACAAACUCUACAUGCAAUUAAGUGCAGCGGAACUAGCGGCCAUCAUUAUGAAAGAUUCACCCAAUUCAAACGACCGUGAUGCGGGUUUUUGUUCCGCCAGCUCGGAAAGCGAAGGCGGCGACGAUUUAGCCGUUGAGCAAACGCGCAGUGGCAGUCCCAACAUCGAACCAAAAGGAACUGAAGACUUCGGAACAGCAGACUCUAAGCCAAUAGCACUAAUCCGCAACAAACGCAAGAGUACGGAACCUUCAAAAGUUGUGGGAUCGAUGACGUCCACAUUUGGACAAGCCAACGCUUGUCCUUCCUCCUGCGCGAGUAUUGCUGCAACAGGCCCGCUUAAGAAACGCAUACGCUAUACCUCUUCUGCUGAUUCAGCAGUGGUUUUGACACCUACAAGCCAUAGCCCCAGUCGUAGUGUGCCCACCCCGUUAAGCUUGGAACACGAGAUCAUACCAAAUCCGGCCCAUAUAUUUGUUCGUCACCCAGGCGUCACUACUCUGCACCGCACGUUCGCCACGCAUCCAGAGCAGAAAGAACCCCUAGAAUUGGUGACAAAGAAACCACAGCAGCUAAUUGAAACAGAAAAAAAAUCGGAGACUUACUCCACAAUGCAGAACAGAAAACCACAAAAUCCAAAAAAGACAUUGCACAAAAAAAUGGCGAAAGAAGCAAUCGCGGCAUCAUUGAUUGAUGCAAAUCUUAGCGAUGAGGACAUGUGCAAGGUUGGGUCGGGCUCCGAUACUUCUACAUUGCGUCCGCACUCGCACCAACGCAAUUAUAAAAACAUGACGCGGGAGCGCCGCAUUGAGGCGAAUGCGCGGGAGCGGACUCGAGUGCACACUAUUUCUGCCGCCUACGAGACGCUACGACACGCCGUUCCAGCAUAUGCCAGCACUCAGAAGCUAUCCAAGCUCUCUGUGCUGCGAGUAGCUUGUUCCUAUAUACUGACCCUCAGCCGUAUGGCUGGUCAGGACUACAGCGCUGAUCAAUCGGAGCCGUCCAUUGCCGAUUGCAUCGAGGCCGUCACAUCAACAAUUCAAACGGAAGGAAAGGUGAAGCGCAAGAAAGACGAGUAAUCGGUAUAGUUUACCAACUCUGAAAGACUUUUAUUGGGACUGAUUACUGCUCAUGUUACUGUUAGUCGCGUGUGUUUGAUUGUGGGUCAGUUUGACAUACUGUACUCAGAACCACACGUUCUAGGUUUUAGGUAUAGUUGGGGUCACAAGUGACCGAAUAGCUUUACAAGUUUUUAAAGCUUUGUUUAUAGAGAUAUACACACCAGCUAAUUUGUAAGUAGAGGGUACACAAUAGGCGCGUUAUAUACAUAUUCUAGUGUACAUACAUACUCUUAUGUACAUAUGUAGGUAUGCGUACUUGCCAUAAUUGAUAUUUUUAGAAUCUAAGACCAGCGAUGUGAUCCUAAUUUAAAGUUGCUUUUAAACUUUGAAACUAUAAGAAAAUUGAAACAGCUCAAUGUUUUUGGCAGUACAAAUAUUGAAGAACACAAUAAUUGUUACCCCUAACAUACAUAUGGAUGUAUGUAUGUAUGUACUCACGGCUUUUCAUAAUCCAAAUUGACAAUAAUAGUAUGGGAAAUCCUAAAACUGUAUGCCAAACUACUAAGUAACUUUGUAUGUAUGUAGGUAUACGUACCAAUACUCUUAAAUAUAGCCGAUUUUCGCAUAAAAGCGGCAAAUUCCUAAAAAGUCACUAAAUUUAAUAAUGGAAGUCAUUAGUUUUACACUACUGGCAAAGUAGAUAGUUUCCAAUGUACAAAAGUAACUAUACCAUUUUUACAGAUAUAUUAUUCAAGAGAUGAGCAAGAUGUAUGUACACAAAUACAAACGAAGAUCCGCAAAUGGAACUAAAAUGAAAACCUGAAAUUUGUCUGUGUGAAUAUUUAUAGUCUUUUACGCCUAAAUUGAAAUCUCAUUGUUAUAAGUACAGUGUAUAUGUAUGUAAAUUAUGUAGAGAUAUAAAAAUAAGUGCCAUAAAAGCAGUAAAUAUACAAAUCCGACUGUCAAA